CAGAAGCCAUGAAGUCGACUAGCCAAGCAACCACAAUGGAGGACCGGAGAGAGGACCAGCAGGAUCUGGAACUGCACCCUGUUCAGACUAACGUGUCGGAGAAAGUCACCAAUACCAUGGGCACAAUGCGACGGAGACUGGUAAUGCUCUCGCUGUGCCUGUCGCAAUUUCUCGCAGCGAUAGACAUCACGAUUGUUGCGACAGCGCUGCCAACAAUCGCAAGCAGUCUACAUGCCACCUCCGCGCAGUAUACAUGGGUCGGAUCAGCCUACAACCUUGCGAGUACAGCGUCAACACCGCUCUGGGCCAAGCUAUCAGAUGUUAUUGGGAGAAAAUCUGCACUACUGGCGGCAAACGCGAUUUUCCUUGCAGGCAGUCUACUGGCAGCUCUUGCUCAUUCAAUACUAGUGCUCAUCGGAGGACGGUGUCUGCAAGGCAUUGGAGGUGGAGGCAUGAUGAUUCUCAACACUAUCAUCAUCAGCGACAUUUUCCCGUUGGAGGAUCGCGCGAAGUAUUAUGGCUUGUCUGCAAUUGUUUGGGCGAUAGCAAGUGCGCUAGGUCCAAUGCUUGGAGGUGUUUUCACUUCCACAAUCGGCUGGAGAUGGUUCUACAUUAACCUGCCGCUCGACGGCAUCUCACUUGUUCUAGCAGUCCUGUGUCUCAAACUCAAUAUUGAAAGAGCUCCUGCCAAAGAAACACUUGCCAGCUUGGACUAUGUUGGUUGCAUCAGUAUUGCAGGAGGAGCCAUACUUUUCCUUCUUGGACUGGAGAGCGGAGCCAGUCACCAGCAUUCUUGGACAUCGGCCUAUACUCUUGGUAUGCUCAUCGGAGGUAUCAUUUUGCUGGCAGCAUUCAUGAUCUGGGAGUGGAAGUUUGCGAAAGUCCCGCUCAUCCCUAUCCACGUCUUUGCCUCUCGAACGAGUAGAGCUGCACUUGCAGUGGCUUGCUGUCACAGCUUCGUCUUCAUUGGCUUUGACUUUUACCUGGCGCUGUACUUCCAGGCGGUACUUGGACGAACUCCGAUCAUAUCAGGCGUGCUCCUCUUCGCACUGAUCUUACCUCUAUCGGUCUGUACGUUCCUUACCGGUAUUGUGAUUCGCAAGACUGGAAAGGUCAGGCCCAUCAUCUGGUUCGGGGCCUUCUUCAUGACACUUGGAACUGGACUUUUCAUCGACUUUGGUCCGAAAAUGGUCAUCUGGAAGCUCAUCAUCUUCCAAACCAUAGCAGGCAUAGGUGUUGGACCACUUNUUCAAGCUCCAAUGAUUGCACUCCAAAGUGUGGUGAAGCAAAGGGAUGUCGCGGCAGCCAACUCCGCCUUCACCUUCCUUCGCAGCUUGGUUACCUCUCUAUCUGUCGUCAUUGGAGGUGUUGUGCUCCAGCGUGGCCUUGGCUCUGGCUCGUUGACAGGCAAUGGUCAUGUUUCGGCUGGUGGAGGCGAGACUGCGGACAGAUAUGCGAAUGCUUUGAGCAACAUGUGGAUCUUCUACACAGCAUUCUGCGCGGUCAUGCUCCUAUCGACUGUUUGGAUCGGCAAGAUCGACGUGAACUCCAAAUCUCGAAAAGCCGAGAAUGAGGAGGCAGUGGUGGAAGAGACCGUGACAGUCCAGAAGGGCACGGACAUGAACACCGAAGGCACGGAAUUGAGUAAAGUCAAAGCAGAGGUC